AUGCAGCAUAUAGAUGCAGCAAUGCAUAUGCUGAGGAGGCGACGCACCGACUAUCCACUGACAUUUCCUCAGAAGGGUGUCAUUCUCUCCACAUUCGUGACCAGCAUGAUCAGCAGUGCAUGGACGAGCCACAAGGGUCCGAGGAAAAACUUUGUGUGGGAGGAUUAUAUCCUGGACUACUGCAGAGGGGUUCAUAAGUCCCAAGUCUUUGAGAGAUGGAGGGGUAACGAGUUUAUUUACUUCGUUCUGAACCUUCCCGAGGCAAGGCACUGGGUCACACUUGAAGUCGACAUAGAGCUGUGGAAAAUUAAUGUCUACGACUGUGAUUCCAGCGUCUGUCAUUGGACCGCCAUGGAACCCAUCCUGAAGACUUGGGGAGAACUGCUGCCCUCGCUAAUCCUUGCAACCGUGGAAUUUCCACAUAACAACCAGAUUAUGGCGUUAACUAACAGGGACAUCACGGUGCUCCCAAACAUGCACUCGACUCGAGCCACUCACGACUUAGUUCCGAAGUCAACAACCAGGUACAUAGCGAUAAAAAAGUACUAUAGUAUUAAAAUAUGUUUUACGUUAGACUGACUUUACAUUUUAUUUUGCAUUUAGUGGUGAUUGUGGCGUCUAUUGCAUUGAGUAUGUGGAGCAUCUCAUGAUGCAACGUGGAUUGACCGAUGUGACGCCAGGCCGGAUAGCUAUGUUUCGUCAACGGUGGUGUGUUGAUUUAUUUUACCAAAAUGUCGGCUGAUUAUAUGUGUAAUUAUUGGGACAUUGUAUAUUUUGUGUAAUUAACAUUACAGUUAUGUAUAUAUAGACUUUCUCUUCGUUCAAAUUUUGAUAA